UUCAUCAUAUACACAUGGUCGUUCUUAAUUGUAAUUUUGAAAACUGAGAUAUGUUAGCGAUGCAUAUUGGUCAUUGUAGUGUCGAAUAUCUAUAUGGUCUGUAAUUUCAAUUUAUUUUUGACUUUAUUGUUCCUCUAUUCAAUUGUAGAUGUUUGUGCCGGUGUUGACUCUAGAAGGUGCACCACAUUGGUUUGGUGCCGAAGUAAAUAUGAAGUCCAAGGUUGUCUCAUUUCUGGACUCCCUACACACCGCAAUGAAUGAGAAGUAUCGUGUGGAGGCUACGAAAGAAAUGUUGUCGACGUUGGACCUUUUGUUUGAGGAGAAUAGGUCGAAGAAUGUGACUUUCGUGGAUUUCAGAAUUGACAGGAAAGAUCGCGGGCUUCCUCAACAAGACAAUGACCGAGAUUGCGGUGUAUACGUCAUGAAGUACAUGGAGGCUGUGGCCAAUGAGGAAGAAGUAGUUGAUGAGUUUCACCCGGUUGAGGCACGUUUGGAAAUCGCUGCGAGGAUCAUAACUGAUGAACAAAAUGAAAUUCGUACCAAAGUGGUUGAAGAUCGUAGGGCUGCACAAGGCAGCUCAUUUGCAUCAUCCUCGGCCCCUUUGCAUAGUCCGUCAAAGUCUCUACGCGAUCCUCGGUUCAGUACAGCGAAGUCUCGCAAUGCAAACAUGUUUCCCCCGUCAAGAGCCUCCCCUAGGUUUCAGUCUAGCAAGACUAAGAUUUCAUAUGGUGAAUAGUGUGUAAAAAAUACUUGUGUUAUUAAUAGGUUGUGUUAUUAGUGUGUUGUGUAGUUUGGAUUUGGGAGCAUAGGUUGUGUUAUUUGUGUGUUGUUUAGUUUGGAUUUGGGAGCAUUUGGAUUUAGACAUCUGUUUUUAUUAGUUGACGUUUGGAACUGGUUAUUAUGUUCACAGACUUGUGUUUAUUUUAGUUUUGAGAAUAUAUUAAACCAUACUUAGCAAA